CUUGCGUCGCACGCAAUAACUCCUCCUCAGAAAAUACUACUUCACCAUUUGCGAGAAGCUCCAGAAUCCACACUCGACUCGGAACUCUCCGUUUCGUCCUCCUCGGAAACCUAAUCCAAUUCUCUCUUCGAUUUCAAACCGGCUAUAUGAAGAAGCUAUACAGGAAGGGUACGGUGCAUCCGACACCGGCGGUGGUUAAGGACCAGCUGCUCUCGUUUCUGCCGGCGGCGAUUUUGUCUUUGACGGUUGCUCUUUCGCCGGAGGACAGGGAGGUUUUGGCAUACCUAAUAUCUUGCUCCGGUAGUUGUUUGGAUAUUCAGCGAAAGGCUGAUCAGAAAACCGCGGCGGCCGGCGGCGGAGACCAUACGGCGAGUUUCAGCUGCAAUUGCUUCCGAUGCUACAAGAGCUACUGGAAAAAGUGGGAUUCAUCGCCUAACAGACAGCUAAUUGACGAGAUAAUAGAUGCUUUUGAGGAUAGUCUGUUGAAGGAGAGCAAAAAGGAGAAGAGCAAGAAGGAAAGGCGUAAGGGUAAAAGCGUGAGAGGCAAAACUGGACUCGGAGUAGAUUCGUUGCAGAAGUCCGACCUGUGUUCGAGGAAGGAUGAUUUUCACUUCGGAGAGACGAGCACGGCGAAAUCCGGCGGCGACGACGGCGGAGCUGAGGAGGAGGAGGACAUUGUUGAUGGAGAAACAGAGAAGGGAACCGUGCGGAGAGUUAUCAAUUUUUUAGGGGAAAGGAUUCUAAAGCUUUGGGAGUGAAAAUAACACCAAAUUAAGAACAGGGCCGGGAAGUUCGGGCAGAUGCUGCCCGGAUUCCCUCUGCCAUUGUCGCACAGAAUAUAUGUAGUGUAAUGAAUGUGGAGGGGAAAUAGUGAGGUCGGCAAAAGUGGGGAGAAGGGGGCUUCGAUCAAAGCGACGACAAGACUUGCUGGUGAGUUGUGUACAACUAUUUUUAUUUAAUUAAUUAUUUACUGUUUUUAUUUAUGAAUUAUUUAUUGCCUCUUUCUUGUUUAAUGUAUUUUAGUCCAUUCAAUUAAAGUGGGCAUUUAUUCUUUCCACGCUUCAUUGGGACUCUCUCCCUCAACGCCUUGUUUUGCCUGAUGCAAUAAUGUCAUGGUUGUACUCUUUAAGUUAAUUUUUAAAAUAAUUUGUUGUU